UCGGGCCCCGGGCCGCUACCGCCACCUCGGCCGCUGCCGCCAUCGCCUUGAAUCCCUCAGCCUCCGCGAUGGCCGAGGAGCUCUCCGCGGCCACGCCUUACACCGAAGAUGAUUUCUACUGCCCCGUCUGUCAGGAAGUGCUCAAAACGCCUGUGCGGACCGCGGCCUGUCAGCACGUUUUCUGUAGAAAAUGUUUCCUGACUGCAAUGAGAGAAAGUGGAACACAUUGUCCUCUCUGUCGUGGAAAUGUUACUAGAAGAGAGAGAGCAUGUCCUGAACGGGCACUAGACCUUGAAAAUAUCAUGAGGAAGUUUUCUGGUAGCUGCAGAUGCUGUGCAAAACAGAUUAAAUUCUAUCGCAUGAGACAUCAUUACAAAUCUUGUAAGAAGUAUCAGGAUGAAUAUGGUGUUUCUUCUAUCAUUCCAAACUUUCAGAUCUCUCAAGAUUCAGUAGGGAACAGUAGUAGGAGUGAAACGUCCACAUCUGAUAACACAGAAACUUACCAAGAGAAUACAAGUACUUCUGGGCAUCCCACCUUUAAGUGUCCAUUGUGUCAAGAAUCAAAUUUUACCAGACAGCGUUUACUGGAUCACUGUAAUAGUAAUCACCUAUUUCAGAUAGUUCCUGUGACGUGUCCUAUUUGUGUGUCUCUUCCUUGGGGAGAUCCUAGCCAGAUUACUAGAAAUUUCGUUAGUCAUCUAAAUCAAAGACAUCAGUUUGAUUAUGGAGAAUUUGUGAAUCUUCAGCUAGAUGAGGAAACCCAGUAUCAAACUGCUGUUGAAGAAUCUUUUCAAGUAAACAUCUGA